AAGGCAGGAGCUUCCUUAGCCACAGACUAGUGUGCAUUGAGCGCUUUGGAGGACCAUGGCUUCGGUACAGUCGAUAGAGUAGUCAUAUCGCCCAUUGAUUUAUUGUAGCGACCCCAACUCAAUUUCCUUCAUUUAUUUAUUACGACACGAUUUCAGGCCGCCAGACGAUCAUUAUUGCCUCGGAAUUGAUAUUUCAACUCCCAUUUGAUAUCACCUCUCUUCGACUCUCCUCAAUUGGUGAUCAAUGCGCUAUUUAGUAGACACCGUGGGUCCAUCCGAUACUGCAAUGCCCAUUAUCCCACCGUCUUUUGUGGAGAAAGAAGACCUACUUGGGACCGCACUUUCUGCUCAAUUCGUCAUUCGUUCAACUACACAUUGUUUGCGCCAAUCGUACACUUUCCACUAAUCGCCUCCCUCAGCUCAAUAGUGGUUCGGCUAUAUUGGAGCCCAUGACACGAGGACAAUAGCACAUCUCGAUUCGCAUGAGACCCAACCAGUCCUAGGGCCCACGAAACAAAGAUAGCUGUCAACCGAAGACAGCAGAAUGACAGUGAACACUGAGCCCCCUAAAUCAUCGGUCAGCGAGCGCAGAGGCCAAACCCUAGCCCCGUUACAAACCAACUUCAGCCGCCCAAGUGCCCGGCCGACUGUGGUAGCAACUCGUCCUAAUCGGCCACGGCCGGAGGAGUAUCAGAAUGAUGCCGAGGCAGGCGAGCGCGUUCCAUUGCAGACCCCAGUCAAGCGGCAGUCCUCUAAAUCCGGCCUGCGUAGCAUCUUCAGCCGUGAAAAACUACCCCACAAAGAGAGCACUGACUCUAAGCUUUCUGAAAUCGAGGAAACGCAGGACCCUGCGGCACAGGCUGCCCCAGACCUCGCUGCCACGCUUUCACCAACACUAGCUACACCUAAAACAGCGUUCUCCACGCCGACAGUUGUGACUUCACCUAUAGCGGAUCCUCAUCGGUCCAAGCCCUCAAAAUCUCGCCAGAAAACUAACGAGGAUAAGCCAGCGGCGGGUGAGAUAGGCUGGAAACCUCCCCCGCUUUUUCAAGCCUACCCACAGGCAAUUAAACAUGAUAAUCUCCCGACCCCUUCUCUAUCUGCGGAAUCUAUUUUGCGGAUCCAGGCCACGUCUUCUGCGAAAAAAAGCAGCACUCCGAACGAAUCAUCCCAGGCAGACAAUCCAGCGGCUCGGAAGAAGGAGGCCAAAGAGAAGAAGAAGCACAUGCGCUCCUUGUCUGAGACUAUCGGCAAGACUGACUGGUCUCCAAAGAUUUAUGUAUUGGUCACAACUGGAUAUAUCUUGCAGUAUUCUGGUAGCGGAAAGUAUGAUAGGCUGCCGGAGAAGAUGUUGCAGCUAGGUCCCAAGUCUGUAGCAUUUGCGAGCGAUGCGAUCCCGGGCAAGCAUUGGGUUUUGCAAAUUUCCCAAUUGAACGAUGAAAAUAACGCUGCCUCAACCGACACGCAUCGGCAUCUAUUCUCCCGCUUUGGUUUCCAUCGUUCCCAUGCUCGCCGUUUAGCCCGGAGUCUUCUUCUAGUUUUUAACACCCCGGAAGAGAUGAGUUCAUGGCUUCUAGCUGUCAGGGCUCAGAUCGAGGCGCGUGGAGGGAAGAAGUAUGUCUCGGAGAAAGCGGUCGACGAUGACACGGAGCAUCAACUGGAGUCUAAACCCAGCACCCGACAGUUGGUAAAGAAGGACCCUAACCGGUUCUCCCAAGCAUAUCUACAUCCUCAAUCAGUGAUCGGUGUUGAUGAUAAAGAUUUCAGUGAUCAAUCUCGCCGAAGCUCAUAUAUCUCAUUUAAUCGACGGUCGCUGGUUACGCAGGCGACUCCCGAGUCGCGCUCCGAAUCGAUGUCCACGACACAAACGGAGGUGACUUCUCCGGUCAGUGGCCAGACGCGUUUCUACUCUAUGGGAAUGAAGCCCGAAGCAAACGGGGCUAGUCCACCUCCAAAUGACAGCGCUAUUUCAACGGUCCUAUCUACACCAGAUGGCCCGCCCAGAAGCCCAACGUUCUCGGUCUCGAUGAAGCGAGAGUCAGUGCAUCCGUCGAAUGCACCAGCAAUAGCAGAAACUUCAGACCUUUCCCAGCCCCAACAAAUGGUGCCUGAUCCCAUUUUGCGAAGCGCUUCGCCCCCAGCCCCGAACUUCAGUGUUCCAUCUUUCAGCAAGAGAUUUACAGCGAGAAUGGGGCAUGGUCAGAUGCAGAUUCCUCGGUUUCCCUCCGCUCACAGAGACGAAACCGACACAGACGAGGCUAACGCUAUCUCUGCCUUCCCGUCUCCACCGCAGUCUCCGAUCAAGAGCAUCAGCAGUGUCGCAAUGAGUGAAUCGCAUGAACAAGUCGUACCUUUCCGUGAUUCCCCUCAGAGGAGGUCUUUACGCAUAUCCAAUUCUGAGGAUUCGCUCGGAGAUUCUAGAAUUAUGGACCCAAAACUGCAGCAUGCUUCGCGCAUUUCAAAGGCCGCCGCCGCCGCCGCGACAUCGACUCCCGCGCAAUCCUCGCGACCCACUAGCAUUAUCGAGCACGAGCCUGCCCAUUCCCAAAUCCCACAAUCGCCCCCGGAGACCGGCUUUCAAACGUCUCGUCGGGAACAGCAACGCCACAGAGUCUCUGUUUUUCCCACAGCCACCCCAAAUCGUCCUUCCACUGGACCCAUGCUCCGUCGCAAGAGUAUGCCUGGACUUUCAGUUGGACCGCCAGCAUUACCUCCUCCUGACUGUCCUUUACCAAAAAUUCCUUCUCCAAUUGAGCCAUCGCUUCCUGAGAUAGCUGAGCAAUUUCCGGACCCGCGUGUGUGCAUAUCACCACCACCAUCGAAAAGCAGCCGACUGCGUCGGAAAAGCCUGGCCAGUGCCGCACCUCGUCCUACUCACAUGCCUCUUCCACCAGCAACCCAAAGUCUUGGUUCUCGACAUCCACGGACCGUCAAUGGUAUAUAAGUCAUUGGCCGCUCCUGUUUUUGUUCAGCCAUAUCUCAAUCCUUGACCAUCGCGUAUACAUAUAAAGACCGACCUCUCUUAACUAUAUACCACUAUUUUCCUUUCUCAUCAUACCUCACUACGCCAGAAUCUUUUUCUUCUUUGCCGGCUUUGAUAGCCCGCAGUGUCUA